AUGGACAUAAAUGAAAAAAUUACUGAAAAUUAUUUCUUUGAAAAAGAUAACAAUCGACAACAAACCACCAAUGACUAUACCAUCAACAACACCAACAUCAACAACAACAUCAAUAACACCAACAUCAACAACAUCAACAUCAACAACAACAUCAAUAACACCAACAUCAACAACACCAACAUCAAUGACACCAACAUCAACAACACCACCAACAACACCAACAUCAACAACAACACCAACAUCAAUAACACCAACAUCAACAACACCAGCAUCAACAACACCACCAACAACACCACCAACAACAACACCAACAACAACACCAACAACAACACCAACAUCAACAACACUAACAACAACAACACCAUCGCCGACAUCAACAAAUUGAUCGACAAAACAUUUUUACAUUAA